CUUCUGUCAACUGUAAUUAACCUCUAAUUUGUUAAGUAAUCGUUAAUCUCGUUAAUGCAGUAAUUAAACCGAAACAACAUAGAAGAAUGGCUGGAGUUUUGCGAAUAACUUUUUCAAAAUUUUUGAACUCAAAAAAUGUUCAAAGUUUCAUGUUACCUAAUUCCGUUAACGAAUUAAUUAUUCGAGGUAUUAUAUCGAAAGCUGCGAAAAUACCUGCAAAAGCAAAGAAGCCAGCCCCAUGGCCUUAUGAACAUAAGAAAUUUACAUUAUUCCAUUAUUUUUUUGAUAAGACGAGUAGUAGGAUAGAUGAAAAUUCAAAAAUUAUUGUUGUGGAAGGUCCGCUUGCUGCAGGGAAAAGCAAAUUUGCUUCACAACUAGCAUGUGAAUUAGAUAUGCUGUAUUUACCUGAGGCCAAUCUUGACAUGUUGUAUAUUAACCCCUAUGGUUUUGAUUUAAAAACUUUAGAUCCUCAACUACCAGAAUCAUGUAGAAGUUUUGAUGUGUCUGACUGGUUAAAAAAUCCAAAGCAUUACAAAGCUGCCACCUUCCAACUUAAUCAACAUGGAAUAAAGUUCUCUCAAUAUAUUGAUGCAUUGGCACAUGUUCUCAGCACUGGUCAAGGUGUUGUAUUGGACAGAUGUGUCUAUUCUGAUUUUGUCUUUGCAGAAGCUAUGUACAGUCAGAAAUUUAUUUCUAAAGAAGUUAAAAACAAGUACUAUCAAUUUAGAAGAAAUAGCAUUGACGAGCUAUUGAGGCCUCAUUUAGUUAUAUAUUUGGAUGUACCAGUAGAGAAAACUUUAGAAAACAUCAAAAAACGCAAUUUUUCCAUGGAAGUUAACUCACCAGCUAUUAACAAGGAUUAUUUAACUACAAUGGAGACUUUUUAUAAACAACAUUAUUUGAAGCAGAUAAGCAAACAUGCCCAUCUUUUGGUGUAUGAUUGGUCAGAGGGAGGUGAUCCAGAGGUUGUUAUAGAAGACAUUGAAAGAAUUGAUUUUGAGAAAGAAGAAAACGAUGCAAAAGAGAAUGAUUGGGAUUUCAGAAUGGAAGAUGAAUGGGGUGUAGCUAGACAUAAGUAUAGUGAUGGAAAGUUCAAAUUAAUGAAUUAUUUGAACAUACCUUGUGUUGAUAUAAAAGAGCUUAUGAUUGAUGGUGAUGAUCUCUAUCACUAUUGUAAAGUUUUGGAAGAGGCACCUGGUAUGAAAUUUGAUGAAGGUUUCAAUGCUGCAAUGGGAGAUAAAGGCAUUUUAUUCAAAACUUCUACUAAACCCAGGGAAACUCUGCCUCGUGUAGAAAGAAGGUUUCCUUAAUAAGCGUAUUUUAUUGAUUCAAAUUGUAUAUUAACUGUAAAUUACUACCAUAAAUUUAUAAUGGUAAACUAAAUCAUUUUAAUAUACAUAGAUAUUUAUUAUUUA